GCGCGGCGGCCGCUCCCGCUCCCCGCCGCUCCGCAGCGGGCAGCGGGCAGCCGGUGAGGGCGGGCGGGCCCGCUGCUCCUCUCCUGGGCGGCCGGGGCGCCGCCCCCCGCCACAGCCCUUUUUCCCUCCGUCGGCAGAUGUGGCGGCUGGCGGGCGGCACGGCGGCGGGCCGGGCGCGGCAGACGCGGCGGCAGCGGCAGGCGCUUCCCCCGCGGCCCGGCAGGGGGCAUGAGCCCGUUCACCGGCGCCCUGUCAGGAAGGCUCUGUGUUCCAGUCAGCAUACUGCUGUUUCACUACGCUGUCUCUGUGGAUGAACAGGAAGUGAAGCAAACCUAGAGAGGAACUUCUCUUACCUUUUAAUGAACGUCAAAAAACAGCAUUGCCACGGCUGCCUACCCAGCAGACCUGCUUACGAGAGCCAGAGGGAUGGUGGUAGUUACGGGGCAGAACAAAGUGAGUGGAAACCCGGAUGAUGCCAUGUCGAGCUCAGAUGCAGAGGAUGAUUUCCAAGAGCCAGCCACUCCUACUGCAACCCAGGCAGGACAAGCACUACCUCUGCUGCCUCAGCAGUUUCCAGAAGUUGUUCCACUAAACGUAGGAGGCAUGUAUUUUACAACAAGACUGUCAACACUGCGACGUUAUGAGGACACAAUGUUGGCGGCUAUGUUCAGUGGAAGACACUAUAUUCCAACAGAUGCUGAAGGCAGAUACUUUAUUGACAGAGAUGGAACCUACUUUGGAGACAUACUUAACUUUCUGCGAUCUGGUGACCUGCCACCAAGAGAGCGAGUGAGGUCAGUUUACAAGGAAGCACAGUAUUAUUCCAUAGGACCAUUGCUCGACAAUCUAGAGGAUAUCCAGCCUCUUAAAGGAGAAAAAGUUAGACAAGCUUUCCUGGGCCUAAUGCCAUAUUACAAAGAUCAUUUGGAACGGAUAAUCGAAAUAGCAAAGCUUCGAGCUAUGCAGAGAAAAGCAAGAUUUGCAAAAUUGAAGGUCUGUGUCUUCAAAGAAGAGAUGCCCAUCACUCCCUACGAAUGCCCACAUUUCAAUUCGUUACGUUUUGAAAGGAGUGAAAGUGAGACAAAGCUGUUUGAACAUCAUUGCGAAGUAGAUGUAUCUUUUGGCCCCUGGGAGGCUGUAGCUGAUGUCUAUGAUCUUCUGCACUGUAUUGUGACAGACCUGUCUGAUAGAGGGAUAACUGUGGAUCAUCAGUGUAUCGGGGUGUGUGAUAAACACCUGAUAAAUCACUAUUACUGCAAGCGUCCUAUCUAUGAAUUCAAGAUUACUUGGUGGUGAGUUAUUUUAUCCAGACCGGUGCAGGGAUAAAAGGACUUCUAGACGACAAUUGCUUUUAAUAUUUUUGCAACGUGUCUCUGGAAAUGCAUUGCUGCUAACAUAUAUUGGAAUCAGUCUGCUGAAGUGUUGGCUAACGCUUAGCUGCUCAGCAAAAGGGAACCUGUUACAGAGGUUGAAAAACCUCUGAAAUCUUGAAAAACCAGCCUGCAACAAGACUGUUGGCUCAGGUACCUUAACGAGGCACAAAACAAAAUCACCUCAUGGAAAUGAUGGAGAGGAGCGUCUAACGUCUUUGAAAAGGUGCCACCUACCAUGUGGCUUUAGUAUCGUAGUCUGCAAAGCAGAUAUUGCAGAUCUCACGUGCAUUAUUAUAAAGCCAGGGGGCUAAUAAUGCUGACGUAACGUGGUUGAAUUUUACCCACUUAGAAAUGUUUUAGUCACUACUUAAACUUACCACUUUAUAAAAUUGAGUAACACCCAGCACAGAGAUUCUGGAAAUGUAAUUUUGAUGUAAUAGAUAAUUUAAAAAAAAAAAAAAUAGGAGUAUUCCCUAUAUAUUAUUAAUUGUUGUCACAAUUAAGCUAUAUUUCUUUUUUAAUUAAGAAUCUGCAUUGUGAAUUAUAAUGUUAUAUUUCAAUUAUUUCCAUUGUUAUAAAAAGGAAUAGCAGAUUUGGAAUAUAUUCCUUAAUGCUUUUAGGAAUAAUAACUGUUCAUGGAAGACUUGUGCCUGUUUUUAGCCUUAGAAAUUCUAAAUGUUUACAGUAUCUACAAAAAAAGAAGCUCUAUAGAAUCAGGUCCUUUACAAAGGCUUUUGGUAAACAAAAAAACCCUAUAUGUAUGUUCCUAUUAGCAGAAGUAAGAGGAAUAUUAAAUGUACAUUAUUUUAUUACUAACUCUUUUUACAUUCUGUGAUACUAAACUUUGUUCUAGAGUUAGAGUCAAAUGACGAUACUAGACAAGUGCUUCUUUCGCCUCACCUUCAGACAACUAAAUCUCAUUUUUAACAUUCUUCUUGACCCUUCCUGGCAUAGUGUCAGGAAAAUUAAUUUUCAACCUUCAUAUUCAAAUACUUCUCGAAUUAUAAACCAGUAUACCUGGGUAGUAAAUUUCUUUCCGCACUGAAAGAGGCAGCCAUUGCAGAACCAUGUUCUUUUCAGAAGGUUAUUAUUGCACUUCUGACAUUAAUAACCACAUCCCGAAAUUGAAUUACUUCAUGUCUAAAACUGAAAGGUAGAUCUAAACAUCUGAAGAUGUUACUCUUUUGUGAGGUACAGAAAACUUGAGUAUUUUUCAAAAAGACCCCACUUGAAGUGGCCUCAAAAUAAUCCUAAAGAGAGAGGGAAAGUAAAUGUUUGCAUAUUGCAUUCCAUUGGAUUGGUUAAUCCAAGAAUAUUGCUUAAUUAAACUUUUGACCAAAACACUUAAGAAACCUGUUAAUCGCAAUGAUCAAAAUUCUCAGUUACCUGAGGUAAUUUUUAGAAUAAUUCAAGGACUUUACGAUCAAAUUGUCUUGUGAAAAAGAGGCAAAUUGUUUGCGUUGUCACACUUCUAUGUAUUUAAUUUAGGAAUUUUUAGUAAAUUGUCUCUCUGAGGUGGGGCCAUAUAGCUCUAAUGAUCUCUUUCCAAAUGUUUACUGACAGAGGGUCAUUGUCAAGUGCUGAGUUUUGAGUCCAGAGCUUAAAUUUUGAAAUGGAGGGAAGGAGGAAAUUAUGUACAUUUGGAUCUUAUUUUAAGUUAUUUUAAAUUGUCUUCUUAAAUAUUGGCCUAUGUGUUACACAGAGUUGUUCUGCUUGUGUUUGACAACCCAAAAUUGAGGCAAACUGAGACUAGUAAAGUAUCCCUAAAUUAAGAGGAAGCUUGCAUGGUUUCUUCACUACUCUGCCGGCUUCAUUUUUUUUCCCAGGGAAUCUUAAACUGCAAACUACAAUUUCUAAUAAAAUUAUGUAAGAUCUUAAAGCCGAGGCUUACAAAGUUUUGGCUGCCUGUACACUUCAGACAUGUAAGUUCAGGAUUUUCAGCAUCAGUUUAUUUAGAGACUACAAUGAGAAUUGCAGUUUUACUGGGUUAUUUGGUGUUUCUUUGCUCCUUCCCGUAUUUGUAUUUAAAUGGGACGUAACUCUGGUUUGAAUUUCAGCACUACUUGCAGAAAUGGAACACAGUCUGAUUUAACAGUAUGAUUUUUGGUUUGGCUCUAAGAAUUUUUCCAUUGUUAUUUUAGAGAAGCUAUAAUGACAAAAUUCCUGUUUCGAUCAUGUUUGCUAUUUCUUAAUAUGCACACACUGAUAUUUUAUAACUUUUUCCUGUUUAGUGCGUAAAUAAGUAAGGAAGACUGUCUAACCAAAAAGAUAAAAAGUAAAAUCUUGGUCUGCAUCAGUUGCAUCUUAACUGAAGCUUUCAUCCUUCAAAUCCUCCAGAAGACAGCAAACAUUAAGUGCAAUAUUGAAAAAGAAAACACGGAUUCGAGCCAACAUGCUUUCAUUAAACACAUACAUUCUGUGUUGUGAUCUGUGCAAGUUAACAAUAUUGUUAUUGAUUACACUUGUUUUAAGCAGUCUUUGUUUACAAUGAUUUAGAUGAUAUUGCCUAAUAUGUAUUCGUUUUUUGACAGAAACAGAAGAGUUGUGCAGGCGGAUGUCAGGGGAGUAUAAUCUAAUAACUGGUUUAUAUAACAUUAUUGACUUAUCUUUUCUUGGCGUAUAGCGUAAUUUUUGAAAUUCUGCGUUUGCAACAAAAAUGUGAGUAGCUGAUCUAUUAAAUCCAUGUUUAAGAUGAUCGAUGUUUUUGUAUAUCAUGAGUGCUUUAUAAAUGUCUAAUUAAACUAAAUGCCUAUGUAAUACUGCUUUUUUUUCUUUACUUUAGGACUUUUCUUUGUAUCUGGCUAGGCUAGAGGUUUGCUAGAACAUAUUUACCUGUUUCUCUAUACUUCUGUGUAGCUUUUUUGCCACUUGAUCAUUUACAUAGCUGCUUUUCCACCCCCACACUCCCAAAUACUCUGUGUUUGCGAGCUGACACUGUAGACAAAUUGGCCGUGCAGUCACGGGUCUCAGGUCGUCAAUAUAAUGUCGCUAUGAAUAUCAUGUUUGCAGAUCAUUAAAAGGACAAUGCAGGUCAGUCCAUUUAGCUCAUUCAAUAUGAAGGAAAUACAUUGUUUAUUUCGUGUUCUGAGACAGGAUACACGCCGUUUUCGGUUCCGAAUUGAUAUACAGGAACACAUGUGUUAGAAUCAAUUUUUUUUUUUUUUCCUAAAUAAGAAGUCUCAAGUGUUUUCAAAGCACAGAUUGCAUAUCUGGAUUGCAGCGAUUACUCUGUUUUUUAUGACUACUGGGGGUAAUAGUGGGACAGUUGAGGGAUAGUUAUUUCAAAAGUAGAAUUGUUAGCUUUUUUUUUCAGGUUGCUGUGUGUCUGAACAAAAACAUAACAAGACUAAUCUUUUUAACAUCCCCUCUAUCUUUGCGUAAUCUAGUGGUUUUUAACAGGGAGCAAAGGGAGGUCUUACUAUCGGGUCUCUUAUUAAGCAAGUUGGCCAGUUUCACAGGACACUGAAUGUUUCUGCAUCAGUUUUACGCUUGUAAAAUAGGAAGGAUGUGUACUCAUCUUUAUAAAGCACUCAAAAAUGACAUGAAAAGAUAGUUAUGUGCAGCAUCCACUUGAUGACUGUUGAUUUCAAGAGUUCAACAAAAAUUUUAAAAUAACAUUUAAAACACUUAAAAUAACUUUUCAACUUGGUGCAGGCUUCUUAACUUGAAUACCACAAUACUCUACAUAGUUAUCAGAAAUACUCAUUGCUGAACCUCCAUCCUCCUUGGAGGAAAGUGAAGGUGUGUCUUUGAUCUGGGAAACCUUUGAGCCAUUAGUAGAUUCUUGCUUGUCCUCGUGGUGCGUGUUUUCUUUUGAGACUGCUGGAUUAUUCUUUUUUUAAAGCUGAUUUUAACCCAAACUUAUAAUUAGGGAUCAAUUUCUGCAUUGAUGAGGGUUGUGGGUUCUUUGGUUUGUUUUGGGGGUUUCCAGGUCUUCGUUAUCUGAAUAGCAAAAGCAGUAAGUUAUUGCAGCAGAAAGUUCUGCAUACGCCCCUUUAGAUGGAUUUUUUUUAAGUUCAGGAAGUCUGUCUGGGAGACACCUCACGAUGUAAUAUAUGCAAAUACUUGAAUUUGUUGAUGUGGAUAUUUUUGAGGUUUUGUUCUUGUCGUUCCGUUGUGUAAUAUUCUUUCCUGAACCUAGCACGAGAGUUAAGGGUUGAGUUAAACAUUGGUUUUCUGAUAAGCCUGCUUAUGCCUUAGAUAUCCCCUACCCCCGUUUUGUAAAAUCACUGAUCCCAGAGGUGUUCAAUAUAUGAAAAAGUAAUGGCUAUUAGAGUUACAGGAAAAUCAAGAAUCUUCCUUGAUUCUCAAUGAGUCCAUUAAGGGAAUCGGUCCAUGUUAAUCCAAUUGCCGUCUCCGUUCUUCUGCUCCGCUUGGCUGCCUGUCGCUUCAGCAGUGAGACAAAGCAGUCAGGGGUUGGGUCUGGCUGGCACAAGUCCUUGAAGGCAAAAGGCAAAGACUUCUGUCAUAUGAGAAACGUACUGAUUUGCAUAAGCGCGUAACCCGGCCUUCGCUGAAGUCAUGGUUAAAUUCCCAGCAAAUCAGAAGGGUCUUGAUAUUUCAAACUGUUCUAAACGAUAGCUUUGUUAAACCUUAAUCUGUGUUGUGCCAGACUGUUCCAACAUCUGCAUUGUGAAAGACAGAGAGGUUGCCCAGUCCUUUUCUUUAUGGUUCUCGGUGUAUCUGUGUUUUCCUCGUGAAACCUGAAGCCGAGCGAGGUUGCAGAUCACUGCCCCCAGAACUGAAUAUAGCCUAUUUCAAGUCUCUCCUGUGCAUUGGGCAUGCGCUGGUUUGUGCAAAAAUGAAAGCGGGAGGGAAUUAGUUCUGCAGUGUAUUUCCCCAGGGACAAUCCUCACUGGCUCUGAAGGAGAACUUCGGUGAGAUCCUGAGCCACACGCCCCCACAUCGCCGUUUGCUAGAUGAAGCGUAAGAGGCGUAAGGAGAUGAGGUGUCCAGCCUGAAGAUUCACAGUGAGACCAUGACUCUGACUGGAUUCCCCCUUGGAAUCCUCACCCCUUCCUCUGACCUUUAAGAUGUACAACUCCAUGGGCAGGAAAUGUUUUACUUCUCUCUGCUGCACCCUCACAUCUGGUUGCAAGGUGAAUACUUAGCCUGCUUUAAACUAAAGGGAUUGUUUUAAUAUUACAAUAUGGUGACUGAUAGUUGCUAAAGAAUCAAUGAAAAUCUUAUAACUGACAAAAAUACCUGCAUAAAUUAAUUAAAAAAACUUAUUUAUAGCAUAAUCACUUUAAUUUCACUCUUCUGCUGUAUUUUUUUCUAAAGACUGUUAAGAAAUGUAAACCCUUACUUCUUUUAAGGGCUUCCAUCUGUUUCAUAGUAACAUGUCUUCAGGCUAAACACCUGGAUUUUGGGCUUUGAGGGCCUUGUUUGCUGCUUGCUAUGAGCUGAAGGAUGAGUGCAGGAUCUCUCAUCUCUUCGCUUUUUUUUCUUAAAAAAAAUAAUUACUCAUAUACUUAAAAGUUCAUGAUGUUCGAGCUUCAUUUGGCAUUUGCAACCCCUGGGAGCCUUCCUUCCCAGCUUUAUUCUCACUGCUCAUUCUUGUUUAUAGAUGACCCGGGAGAGGGGACAUGAUGAGGAAGAUGAUGGAAGUGCCAGCAGGGAAAGUCUCCUGUCAGAGCCAAUUGUUGGCACUGCAGAGUGUUUUUCCCGUUUUAUUUCCAGCCCUGUGCUGGGUGAGGCAGAGGAAUGUUCAUCACUGUUUAUGUGAGGAUCCAGUUAGCCCAGCUCAGCUCGACUGCGUUCAUCUGUUUUCUGUGUAAGUGUGUCGUGUUGUGAUUUAUCGAAUUCAGUGGGAAAAUCCAGCGGCCGUGGACUGCGCUGGGAAAUGCAGCAGUGAGGGGUGAGGUGGCUGCAGGGCUCACACUAUUUGAAUUUCAGCAUCAUUAUUUAGAGGUCUGAGGGCCUUUAUGCCACAGCUUAUGCGUUGGAUCUUUCUUUUCUGCAUGGCGAAGCAGAGUAAUCAAGUUUGGGAUGCAACUGCCUGGUAGGUAAGAGAAGACUUCAAAGCGAGGAAUGCGAAAAGAUGGUCUCUUAACUCACCACAAAUCUCUGGGACAUGGUAUUUCUUUCAGUUUCUUCAUUUAAUAACUACUUUAUUCUGGAUGAUUUAUAAACCCCACUGGCUUUAAGUUAUGAUGGGUGUUACUGAACCCUGGAGCUGUAUUGAUCUCUUUCGUUAUAAAUGGUUGUGAAUUGUUUUUAGGUUGUUCAGUCACAGCAGAGAGGACCCAGGAUAGUUCUGCGUUUUGGGCUACGGAAACAUAAUUCCAUUUCACAAACAGAAAAAACCUCCAGUCUUUCAUUAUCUUUCUGCAAAUAAGCUAGAUUUCAGAGGGUAAUUAUGUCUGUUACUGUCUUCUGUAUAUAGUCGUCUUAACUGGAAACUGCUUUCCAGAACAGCAGUUCUUACUCCUUUUACUUACACGAGCUUAGUAUAAGUUUACCUACACUUUCACUGUGACUUUUAUAAAUGGAUUUUGUUUUGCUGAAUUAUAAAUUGUAUGUGUCUAUGCAUUGUAACCCGUAAUGCCUUUGAAAAUCCAGCCUGGAUGUUAACGAUCAGGGUUUGGAAUUAUCUCCAAAUGUGUUUUAUUUUAAGUAAGUUGUGAUGUUUAAUACUGUGGAUAUUGCAGUGUAUUAUUUCUUACUAUGUUUCGCUUCUCAGUUAAGGUAAUACAUAGUUAAGUUUUUUAUUUAAAAUACAUAGAAGACAAAUGUGGAUAUAAAGUUUGUGUUGUGCAAUAAAAGGAUGUAAUACUGAAAACUGCUGGAAUCUGGCUAAUCUGGUCUGCAGCCACUGCACCCCCUUCUUCACACCCCCUGUCGUUGGAGUUUGCUUUGCACGACUGCAAAUGAAAAUAAAAUACACCAGUCUCCGGCCCGGGCUUCGUUUAACGGCAGCAGCCGCUCACUCGCUCAUCGUCGUUUCCUUCGCAGAUGGCACUGACGCAGCGGCUGCCAUCUCCUUCGGGACACCGACCGGUACCACCUUGUUUCAGUUCUGCUUCUGUCCCUCCGCGAGCAGCCCAGGGACGGGCUGUGGCUGAGCCUGCUUGUGCAACGCUCAAAAAGAAAGAUACGUUUCUGGAUUUAGAAUCACAGAACUGUUGAGGUUGGAAAGGAGCUCUCAGAUCACUGAGUCCAACCAUUAACCCAACGCUGCCAAAGCCACCACUAAAACGUGCUGCUCAGCACCACGUCUGCCCAGCUUUUAAGUAUCUCCAGGGAUGGUGAUUCCACCACUCCCCUGGGCAGCCUGUUCCAGUGUUUGACAACCCUUUCGGGGAAGAAAUUUUUCCUAAUAUCCAUCCUAAACCUCCCCUGGUGCAACUUGAGGCCAUUUCCUCUUGUCCUAUCGCUUCUUACUUGGGAGAAGAGCCAGACCCCCCCUGGCUACACCUUCCUUUCAGGGAAUUGUAGAGAGCCAUAAUAUCUCC